AUGCACCUCCCUCGCCAGCUGCUGCACAAUUUUCCCCACCCGCGCAUGAUCGGCCGCCAGGCAGAGGAAGGGGUCAUCGCCCUGCUCCGGGUGGACGCGCAGUGGCAGCGCCGUGCGGUCCUGCAUCUGGCCGCCCUGCGGCCCACUCCGAUCCCACGUAUAGAUGCCGACCCUGGAGCCCCUGGCGAGGAAGAACGCCCGACACGUGCGGUGCGCCUCGUCCGUCAUCCCCAGCUGGGUGACGAUUUCGCGGCACUCGUCCAGCGACGGGUCCGGGUGCUCCUUGUCGCCCCAGGUGCAGAAGACUCGGAUGAAUGGGUAUCGGACGAGUUCCUUCACCGGCUCCUCCUCCUCCUCUCCCCCUUCGUGUUUUAUGCGUGGCUCCUCCUCCUUGUGGAUGAGGGUGGUGCUGCUCCGAAUGAGACGAUCCAGAGCCCUCGCGCGCUCCGGGAAGGCCUCACGCACCAGCCUCGAAGAGUUCCCGGGGAUCAGAUCGAUCACCACGAGCGCGCAGUCUGUCAGCGGCCAGAGGGGCCUCCCGACACACUCCGAGAGGCGGAGAUACCGGACGACGCCGGUCAAGGGGUACCGCGCGUUGUAGAUCUCCGCCGCCACCACGUUCGCGGGCAGGGUGUCAUCGAGGUUGUCGGGGAGGGUCUCUCCGUCGCCGGCGAGGCCGAACGUGUCGCUGAGCAGCCGCCCCCAGAGGUCCAGGGAAUGCCCGGGCCGAGGUAUCCACCACUCCUUCUGCUGGUUUGCCUUGGCCUUCAGGAUUUCCUCCCGGAGGGGUUCGUCGUCCCAAUAGUUCCCGGACUUGGACUCCGCGACGCAUUCGCAGCGGUUGGGGACCGUGCGUACUUCGGUGUAUGGGGAUGUGGACAGGGCAGCUUUGGUGGACGAAAUUGUGGGUGUCCUUCUCUGUAUAGGGGGUCGAAAUGCACAACUGAUCCUAAACAUCUUGGACCUGAAGGGUCUCGAAAGGGAAUCCCUUGGAGCUCCUCGGUUGAAAAGUCGAGAACAUCAAAGCGAGGCGAUCAUGAUCGUUGCGAUGGUCAUGAAAGACGUGUCGGGAAUUAUCUUCGAUGCUUUGUCGUAGCACCGACUGUGUUGCAAGCAUUCAUUGAGGGGUCAGGUCGUCUCCACGGUCGCGACUUCGACACGAAGGGUUGGUUUGACCAGCUGGAACGAUGA